GCCCAAGCGAGAAACAUAUACUCCCGCUGGCAAGCAACAAACCAACCAACCAACCAACUGCACUUCAGCAACAACGACGACGACGAAGACAACCAAAACAAGCAGCUGCUCAGCCAGGCUCUCCCCUCCUCGUCGCUCGCUUGUUGCUUGGUUGACAGCAACGCACCGCGUCUUGCUGCUGCUGCUGCUGUCUCGGUUUGCCACUCACCGCACAAAGCACGCAUACGCAGUACAACACACGUACAUAUGGUUGAUAAGAAGAAGGGUGCUGUGAAGAAACAGCACCAGCUGAGUACUGCCAGCAACGCAUCCAUCCACUCCAGAUCCCAGCUCAUCGCAAAGUCUGGAUCAAGGCUGCAGUCACAAUCACGCCAUCGCUUGUCGAAGCAAAUCAGCGGCAAUGAAGGCGAUGAGUGGCUGCAGGCCAAGGAUCCCGUCAAGCCGCCCAACCAGCUGGACCUACCUGAUGAGGCCCUGAACGAGGAGAUCACACGCAUUCUUCGUGCUGACAACCCCAAUGCCCCACACAACAUCGUCCGCUUCAGCUACAAGGAUGGCGCGUACAAGCAGAUGGCGAGUGUGGACCAGUGUGCGUACCACUAUGUCCUCAACGGGACGCUGAUCCACAAGGAGAGCGACGAGGCCAAGCGGCAGGUGGCCCGCAGCCGCUUCAAGAGCAAAUCUUCAAAGGCAGACGUCUCACAGGGGGACGAGGGUAACACGGCGGAAGCAGGCACGUCCACUGCCGAUGCGCAGACGGGAGACAACGAGGCAGAGAAGAAGGAGGGUGAUGGUGACGGUGAAGGUGAUGGUGAUGAUGGUGAUGGUGACGAGAACCAGGAGGAAGAGGAGGAAGAGGAGGAGGAGGAUGAGGAGGAUGAGGACGAUGCUGGUGAUGGCGAGCCAGACAAGCCGCUGCGAAACCAGUUCAACUUUAGCGAGCGCGCUGCACAGUGCUUUGCACCAGCACACCGCGACCGUGACACCAUGACAGAGGCACCACAACGCGAGACGUUCACUGCCAACGCGACGCAGUGGGUCAUCUUUGACGCGUACGUUGCCGACCAGGAAAAGCAGCAGGCCGCUAAGACAAAGCGCAGGUCCAGCGGUACAAAACCAGAGCACAAGGUGUCACACGCGUUGACGCGCGAGCUUGGAGAUGACGGUGGCAGUGACUGGAUGAAUGCAGCAAAGUUGAUUGCGCUGUCGACGGCGAAGAAGAUGGAGCGACUGGUGAACCAGAACACGUUCCACGACGUUGCCAUGGACUUCAAGUACUGGAACGACCCAUCCGACCAGUUCAAGGAGAAGCAAGGGUCGCUGCUGCCGCUGUGGCGCUUCACAAACGAGAAGACCAAGCGCAAGCACGUGACGUGUGUGCGGUGGUGCCCGGAGUACCCCGACCUUGUACUUGUUGGCUACGGGUCGUACGACUACACCAAGCAGACCGACGGCGCCAUCUGCGCGUACUCGCUCAAGAACCCGUCCUACCCAGAGUACAUCAUCCCCGUCAACAGCGGCGUCAUGUGCAUCGACGUGCACCCAAAGCAGUCGUCACUGGUAGCGGCGGGCAUGUACGAUGGCUCUGUUGCCGUGUACGACCUGAGUCGCAAGGCCAACAGGGACGAGCCGCUCGUGCGGUCCACGGCCAAGACGGGCAAGCACACGGACCCCGUGUGGAGCGUGGAGUGGCACGAGGACGAUGUCGACCAGAACCGCAACUUCUCCUCUGUGUCGUCGGACGGGCGCGUGUCGACGUGGACCAUGGUGCAGACGGAGCUCCAGCACACGGACAUUAUCCGCCUCUCAUACGACACAACCAAGAAGCAGCCCGCACAGGGAGCUGAGCCGCUGUUUGGGCUUGGCGCGGGGACGUGCCUGGACUUCAACCAACACCGCGAAAACGUGUUCCUCAUUGGCACGGAGGAGGGUGAUGUGCACCAGUGCUCCCGCGCCUACACAAGCAAAUUCCUCAAGACCUUCAAGGCACAUACAAUGGCGGUGUACACGGUGACGUGGAACCCGUUCCAUCCGCGCAUCUUUGCAUCGUGCAGUGCUGAUUGGACGCUGAAGAUUUGGGACGACGCGGACGAUUCGCCCGUGUUCACAUUUGACCUCGGCAAUGCCGUCGGCUGCGUGGCCUGGUCGCCCUUCUCCCCCACCGUCUUUGCAGCUGUCACCACCGACGGAAAGAUCCACGUGUUUGACUUGCAGCAGAACAAGUACGAGCCCAUCUGCCAGCAGCAGGUGACGAAGAAGGCCAAGCUGACCCAGGUUGCCUUCAACAAGAAGGAUCCCAUCAUCAUUGUUGGUGACGACAGGGGUGCCUCCUCCACAUUCAAGCUCUCUCCAAACUUGCGCAAGGCCCUCAUGGACAAGAAGAAGAAGACGGCCGAAGAGCUUCUGGAGGCCUUUGAUCGCAUUCUCGAAUCUGUCAAGGAAACGCCGCACACACAGGCACCAGCAAAGACACCCGCUGCCAAGUAACAUCAUCACAUUGCUUGCACAUGUGUGUUGUGUUUCGCUUGCAGUGUGUUGGACUUGACGUGAGCUGGUGCCUGUGCGUGUGAAGUGGUGGCGGUUCGCGUGGUUGAAACGUCUGCGUUGCAUGAAGACGCAGAAUUGUUGUAUGCGUCAAGUGUGUGCGUGUGUGCUUGUGUGUGUGUGUGUGUGUGCGUGCGUGUUUGACGGUUCAUCUUCUUUUGUGUUGUUGUUCAUUUGCUCAUUGAACGAGCGGGAUCAACAUUGCAAUCUAAUCUGACUUGAAAUGGG